AAAGCAGCAGACUGAAGCUGAAACAACAGAGAGCAGCUGUACUACAUCUGAUACAUUUCAACCAGAAGGAUGCUGUGCGUGUAUAUUUUCCUGUUGCUGACUCUGAGCAGAGCGGGGCUGGGCUCUCUGCAGGAUAAACAGACCGACUUUGGCCUGAAGGUCUUCUCACAGCUGGCCCAGGACUCUGCAGACAAGAAUGUGGCCUUGUCUCCUUACGGUGUAGCCUCCGUGCUGGCCAUGGCUCAGCUCGGCGCUGCUGGAAACACCCACAAGGCUUUAACUGCUGCUAUGGGCUUUUCUCUGAAAGAGCGAGGGAUGUCCCGGCAGCAGCGCUUCUUGCAGCGCGACCUGUCCAGCGAGGAGGGGGUGGAGACAGCCAGCGGGGUCAUGGUGGAGAGGAAGAUGAGCCUGGAGAAGGGAUACCGCAGGGCCCUGACUAAGGCCUUCCAGACUCACCCUAACCAGGUGGACUUUACCAAGCCAGACCAGGCAGUCAGCAUCAUCAACUCCUGGGUCUCCGACCACACUGCAGGUGCCAUCCCAGAAUUCUUGGCACCUGGAUCUCUGACUGAUGAGACCCGCCUGGUCCUCCUGAAUGCCCUCCACUUCCAGGCUCUCUGGAAGGUUCCCUUUGACCCCAAACUGACGCAGGAGAGGAUGUUCCACUGUGCUAAUGGCAGCAACGUGCCCGUGCACAUGAUGAGACUCACCAACCGCUUCAACUAUGGAGAGUUUGUGACUGCCGAUGGUGUGGACUAUGAUGUCAUUGAGGUCCCAUAUGAGGGGGACUCACUGAGCAUGCUCCUGGUGUCACCCUUUGAGCCUGAAGUUCCACUGAGCACGCUCAGUGCCGAUGUGAGCAGCCAGAGGAUUAAGCAGUGGAGAAUGGAGCUGAGGAAUGUCAAACGACAGCUGGCCAUGCCCAGGUUUACGCUGAACUCUGAGGUGGAUUUGAAGACUGCUCUGCUCAACAUGGGACUGGGAGACAUGUUCAACCUGGCUACUGCUGAUUUCACUCGCAUCACCUCGGAUGAGAGGCUGUGCGUGUCCAAGGUCCUGCAGAGAGUGAAGAUCGAAGUGAAUGAGCGAGGAACCAAGGGAGCAGCAGCAUCAGCCGCCGUGAUGUUCUCUCGUAUGGCAGUGGAGGAGAUUACCCUGGACCGACCCUUCCUCUUCCUCAUCCAGCACAAACCCACAGGUGCUGUUCUAUUCAUGGGUCAGUUCAACCAGCCUCAACAACAGUAACCCACUCUGAAGACCGGCCUUCAUCCCACUGUGUCUGACUACUGCUGCUCACACGCCACACACACACACACACACACACACACACACACACACACACACACACCAUACCUACUGUACAGGGCUCAUAGAACUGAAAGAUGUAUUUAUACCGUGCUUAAUCCAAAAAGAUACAGAUCCAACAUGACAGACAUUGGCAACACGAUUGACUGAGAGUUUAUAUGUUUGCUUUUAAUUUAUUUUGUCUGAAUGAUUGUGGUUGGCAAGACAGAAAGUAUUAUGAAGGAAAGUUAACUAAUUAAGUCGUUUACUGUUGUCUGAUGCAACAGGCACCAAUGCACUGCAUGAGUACCAAACAAAGAUGUAUUUUUCUGUAUUUUUUACAAUGGUAUUUUUAAUGUCUAUUUUUGUUAUUGCCAUGUUGUUACUAAGUUACAUUUGUAUUUUGCUGUAUUUAUAUUUAUUAAAAUACUAUGUUUUUACAAAGCUGCAGUCUGGGUUUACUGGUGUGUUGAGCCCUGUGGAAGCUCAGCACUGACCUCUUGUGUUCACACAGACAAAAGUCAUGACAUCCCUAUCCCAAAAUGACUUGGUGUACUGUAAAUCUGACUAUUCUUCACCUCUACUUAAUAAAAUCAUGUAAUGUUGCUGUACAGCAUAUGCAUGUGCACAUGUAAGCAUGUAGGAUUUAUAUUCAAUUUAACAGUGACAGAUGAUACCCAGGCCUACAUGUUAAAAAUAUUUUUGCAUUUAAAACUAUAAAAUUACAAUCUCUAAUGGGGACAGUGGAUGUUUGUGGUUUACAGACUGACCAUUUUUGACUAAUUUCCACAGAACAUACAGCCUAUUAGAAUCAGAAAUAUUUUACUGAUCCCCAGGUGGAAACUGUGGUUAGUUAGUUAGUUGCUUUGAUGUCAGCAUAGAGAAUUAUUGCAAGUAGAAAUAUGGUCAAGUGCAAGUAUGUAUAAAUAUAAAUACAGUAAUGGUAACCAAUAAGUACUUGAAAAAAACAUUUUUUAAGGCAUGUAUAAUAUGAUGAAUAUGUAAGUGUCUAAAAAUAUAAAUAUAACGAAUACAGAAAUAGACCAUUAGCACUAAUAUGUGAAUAUUUAGAUUGCAGCAUGGAUAAUAUGCUUAGUGUAUAAAGUGUGUAAAAUAUAAAAAGUGUGUACAAUAUAAAA